GGCGACCACGAACUUAGUCCAGUCCUGCAUCUCACUUUUCUGCGUUUCCUUUCUCUUCCGACUCAAACUUUCCUAUCGGUCAAGUCUUUCCUUCCCUCUCCUUUCGUCUUCGUCUUCUCUUCUCGUACAUACUAUUCUUGGUUCUUAUAGAAUCUUCUCGCAUACACAAUGGCUUCUCAGAACGGUACCAAUGGCUCUGCUGCCAACAGCUUCACCGUCAAGGCCGGUCUGGCUCAGAUGCUGAAGGGUGGCGUGAUCAUGGACGUUGUCAACGCGGAGCAGGCUCGCAUCGCGGAAGAGGCCGGUGCUGCCGCCGUCAUGGCCCUCGAGCGCGUCCCCGCCGAUAUCAGAGUGGAGGGUGGCGUGGCCCGCAUGUCGGACCCCGCCAUGAUCAAGGAAAUCAUGGAGGCCGUCACCAUCCCCGUCAUGGCCAAGGCCCGUAUCGGACACUUUGUUGAAUGCCAGAUCCUUGAAGCCAUCGGCAUCGACUACAUCGACGAGUCCGAAGUCCUGACCCCCGCCGACGACGUCUACCACGUCACCAAGCACCACUACAAGGUUCCCUUCGUGUGCGGCUGCCGCAACCUGGGCGAGGCCCUGCGCCGCAUCUCCGAGGGAGCCGCCAUGAUCCGCACCAAGGGCGAGGCCGGCACCGGCGAUGUCGUGGAAGCCGUCAAGCACAUGCGCCAGGUCAACGCGGACAUUGCGCGCGCCCGCGCCAUCCUGCAGUCUUCUCCGGACUACGAGCCCGAGCUGCGCGCGCUGGCGCGUCAGCUGGAGGUGCCCUACGAGCUGCUCCGCGAGACGGCCGAGAAGGGCCGUCUGCCCGUGGUGAACUUCGCGGCCGGUGGCGUGGCCACACCCGCCGAUGCGGCGCUCAUGAUGCAGCUGGGCUGCGAUGGCGUGUUCGUCGGGUCCGGCAUCUUCAAGUCGGGCGAUGCGAAGAAGCGCGCCAAGGCGAUCGUGCAGGCCGUCACCCACUUCAAGGACCCCAAGGUGCUGGCCCAGGUCAGCGAGGGUCUGGGUGAGGCGAUGGUCGGGAUCAACGUGUCGCAGAUGUCCGAGGCUGACCGGCUGGCUAAGCGGGGGUGGUAGAUUGAGUGGUAGAUGUUGUUCUGUUGUUUGCAGCGUUUAAAAGUUGGACAAGACUUGUGUAUGCCUAGAGCGGUGUAUGUAUGUACAGUGGAUAUCAUGAGCCAUGAUGAUUUGGAUUCG